UGCCCCACUCCAGGCAGGGGCCAAAGAACCUGCCGGAGCUGCUGCUGCUGGUGCUGCGCGCGCGCGCGCUCCUCCGCCGCCCGUGGCGCUUUGCGCCAGCUUCUGCCCUCGUCCCGCCGGCAAAUACCUCAGGCAGGUUGAGAGCCGCCGCCCUCACACUCACCCCCACCCCGCCAGCCGAGCUCCCGCCCUCCCCUCCCCUGGUUUCCCGCAACACCCCACCCGCGGCCGUGGCAGCGGCGGGGCUCGGCUGCGCUCGCUCGGCUCCCGCUCCCUCCGCGCGCUCCGGAGUUGGACGGGCGGCUGAGUAGCGAGUCCUCCUCCUCCUCCUUCUCCGGCACCCCAAGGCGGGACGGCAUGGCGGGCUCUCCUCGCGCGCUGCUCUGGUGGUGCCUCUGGCUUAGCUGCAGCCUGGUGGCCGAGGGGUCCGGGGAGCGCCCGGGCGGGCUCGGCCAAAGGAGCGUCGGAGGAGGGCGAGGCGUCGGCGGGCGCAGGAGCCGGGCGGCAGAAGCGGAGGCGGAGGUGGAGCAGCCCGCCCCGCCGGCGGUGGUCUCGGCCGGAGACAAGGUAUCGGAACACAUGCUGCGUCUCUACGUCCGCUACAGCGGCCGGGCUCAGGACUCCGAGGCGCCCGGAACGUCCCGGCUGCUUCAUUUCCAAGAAGGCAACACGGUGCGAAGCUUCCGAGCGCUGCCGCCAGGGAUACUUGGCAGCAAAGAGGUGUAUGUUUUUAAUCUAACCUCCCUCACCAAGUCCGAAAACAUCUUGUCGGCUCUGUUGCAUUACUACGUUGGAGAUCUCCAGAACAGCAGCACCCACUGCCCUCAACCCAACACCUGUUCUCAUCUGGGCCCCCAAAAAUCUGAGCUACAGAUCAGGCUUUUGCUGUUCAGUUCUCAGUCAUCGGCAAACCAAUCUCGGACCCUGGGACGUUACUUGGUCAACAUCUCGACUGCUUUGCAAGAUGACCAUUUGUGGCAAUGCAAAAACAUCACUCAGGACUUGAGCCGAGCAAAGGAGCGUGACCAUCUCAUGAUCGAGGUCCAAAUGGCCUCUGUUGGCCAACCUCCGUGGAAGAGCCUCCAUCUCCGCUAUGAACCCUACAUUCUUGUCUAUGCCAACGACUCCGCCAUUUCAGAACCGGAGAGCGUGGUUUCUAGCUUGCAAGGCCAUUGGAAUCCGCCAUCUGGGACAGUCCCCAAAUUGGAUAGCCGGUCAAUCAGUGACCUCCGUGGACAGCGGCCCAAGCGUUCCACCAGCUUCCUUCUCCCCUUGCAGAACAACGAGCUUCCAGGAGCCGAGUAUCAGUAUAGUGAGGACGAAGGAUGGGAGGAGAGGAAGCACUACAAAACCCUGCAGCCACGGCUGGCAGAAAGGGCAAAGGGUAAGAAAAAGCCCAGAAAACACAGUCAUCCGAAGAGCCAGACCCUCCAGUUUGAUGAGCAGACCUUGAAAAAGGCACGGCGGAAGCAAUGGAAUGAGCCAAGAUCUUGUUCGAGGCGCUAUCUCAAAGUAGAUUUUGCCGAUAUAGGCUGGAGCGAAUGGAUCAUUUCUCCUAAAUCUUUUGAUGCUUAUUAUUGCUCAGGUGAAUGCCAGUUCCCUAUUCCGAAGGCCCUGAAGCCAUCAAACCACGCAACCAUUCAGAGCAUAGUGAGAGCCGUAGGGGUGGUUUCUGGCAUUCCGGAGCCUUGCUGUGUUCCAGACAAGAUGUCACCUCUCAGCAUUUUAUUCUUUGAUGAAAACAAAAACGUGGUACUCAAAGUUUAUCCAAAUAUGACAGUGGAAUCCUGCGCUUGCAGAUAACAUAUUCCUGCUUUCUACAGCGACUUUGUUGCUUCAUAAAGCCUCUCCUCUUUCCAUUUUCCAAAGCAUAUCGUUGUCCAGUUUUAUGAAUGGAUAAGUAAGCAAGAGCUGAGAAGGAAGAUGGAAUAGCUUUCCUCAAACUGUAAUUUUCCUACUGUGAGCAUAGAGAAGGAAGUUUGGAAAGCUCACCACAGGGGCAAACAAUGUGGGGGAGGUCUCAGUGGUGGUGGGGAAAUAGGAAAAUGAAAACUGGAAAGAAUUCAUCAGGAACUGAAGAUUAGCAGGAAAAUACGAUAUAUAUUUUUAAGCUACAGUAUGUUUGAAGAGCGUUCACCCAAGUUGCUGGUUUUCCAAUGUACUCUUCCAGAAUGUAAUGGUGAAGGAGAUUUAAUAUCCACCUUGUGCUUUUGAAGCUAAGCUUUCUAAUUUAGGUUAUCCGAAGACUCAAAAUAUACCAUAAGCUAGUAAGAUCCUAUUUCCCAUAUUUCAGAGAUUCAAAUAAUCUAAAAAAACCUCCAAAAUUUAACCUGUUGGUUUUCCUGGCAUAACAUGUCAGUAGUGUUCUGUUCUACCCCCUCACAUAAACAUGGGCUUUCAUUCUUAAAAUUAUAGGCACUUUUUAUCUGAAAGCAGAAAUGCACUUCUGGUGCGUAUUUAGUAAAGGUCGAGAUACCUUACAUCUCUGUUUGCUAUAAAAUCUUGAACCUUGAUCUCUUAUCUCAGUACUGAAUACCAGAAAGAAGUGAUAAACGGGAUAGAGUGGCAGAAAAGAAGGCAGAUUUUAAUUUGCCAGUCAAUUAUGGUAGCCAAUAAUUGUAAUGACCAUUUCACAAUGGGAAUUGUGAAACUUAUACAUGUUCAGGAUAUUAUAGGCAGGGAGUCAAGAUGGCAGCCGUGGCCAGAGGAUUGAAGCUGCCAUUUUGACUUUUUAUUAGCCUGCUAUAGAGAACCUGACAUAAUAGUCACUCUGUGAGGGAGACUGAUGGUUUGUAAAUUUGAUAUAUGUAUAAAUAAAACAAUUGUCUACUCAAGGCCCAGUAGGAGUAACUUCCAGGGUAAUAAGUAUAAAAUUGCAGCCUAUCCAGGUGAUGAUCUUUACAAAGUGAAGUUAAGGAUUAAAGAAAAUAUAGCAAAUACCUUUAAUGCAUGACCCAUUUGGGAAGGGAGCAGGUAAGUUCUUAACUAGGACCCAGAUCAUCAAAGUUGAGAUGCCACUCCUUGAUUUAUUGGGUUGAUUUCAACACGCUGUAUGAACUUAGCCAUUGGAAUUUGUGAAGGUGAUCUGUGGCUAUAUAAGCUAGGUGAAUUGUGAUGUAUUUAAUGAACUAUGAUUAAAUCGUGGCUUAGCAAGAUGUAUGAACUCAGCUUUGCUCUCAGAAUCUAUUUCAGUGUGAAGUUAGUUAGUUAGAGGCAGUUGUCCCAAUAUACGGUAUCCAUAUGUGUUGCAGAAAGGGGUGCCCAUGGAGGAACAGUCAAGAUGGCAGCCAUCAUAGAAGCAUAGCUAUUAGAAGCUAGCAGCCAUCACUUGUCAUAAAAAGCCAAAGCCAGUAGCUUUAGAGUUUGUCACACAUAUUAUAAGAAUCUCCCCAGACUGCUUGCCUUCCCGGGAAUGACCAGAUAAAGCUUCAUGGAUUUGGGGGGGAGGUCAAGCUUAUACUGCUUGCAGCUGUGCAUGGAUUCCAAGCUAAACCCUCAUUUGACCUCUCCUUCCAGGUUAACUGGCAAUUUUCCAACACUUGUCUUCUUUACACGCAUCAUGCCUGUAAAACUCAUUUAAAAUGGGUGGGACUUCAAAGUUGCCCUAACCAUCAUCUUGACAUUUUUCACACCCCUGUCUCAAUGACCACAUGCAUAACUUUGUAAAACAUAGAUCUUGGGUCCCCAAACUUGGCAACUUUAAGAGUUGUUGACUUCAUGGCUAGGUGAGGAAUUCUGGGAGUUGAAGUCCAAAAGUCUUGAAGUUGCCAAUUUUGGAGAGGUUAGGAUCUUGGUUCAAAUCUACCACUGCAUCUUCUGCAUCUUACAGAAGAUGGAAAGUGCCUUCCACUCUCUGCCCAAAGCCUGGGACAAUUUUCUUGCAUUCAGGCAAACCUGUAGUAGUGCAAAUGGGGUUUUUCAGCUUUAAUUUCUAGAGAGGUGAGUUGCAGAUUCAAGAGGGUAAAUACUGCCUAAGUGAACAACCAAUUCAUUUGUGAUUAAUCUUACCACCUCCUCGUCUAUGUAAAAUGUAUAUAAAGACUUUUGUACAUUUUUUUUUGUUUAGGAAUAAAUGCUUGUACAGUUGGCAUCAGUAAAGUUUUUAAAAGGCCAAAGGAUAUUUGUAUAUGGAAAGAAGCUUUUAUCAAUGCAUUUAAUUUAUUUCUAAUGCAUAUGUUAAUUAAUUUCUGCAUUUUAGUAGUCUUCAAACACGGCGGUUUUUAUAUUAAUUUUGAAAAAUUAUAUAUCUAUAUAUCUGCCUUCAAACGUAAAUGUGUAUAUCCCAGAUCACAAAGAAGAAUAUUUUCUCUGCUAAUAUAUAAGCUUGUUUGAUUUGUUUGUUUCUCUCCUUUAGUUAACAAUGCUUUUUUUUCCCCACUGCAUAUUAUUGUGUACAAGAUUGUGUUUUUGAAAAACAGCUUAGUAUGAAGUUUAGGAUUCUUGUUUAUUUUCUAGUAACUACAAAAGUACUCAUGACAAAAAUCACAGUCCACAAUUGUUAAAGAGAGGGAUGUGGAAGAAUAUUUUUUUUUAUUUUUCUGCAUUAAUUCUAAGCUACUUAAUUCACGCUUCCUGGGCAAAUACUGAUAGUCCUUGAUUUAUGACCACAUGAACCCAAACCUCCUGUUGCUAAGCAAGACAAUAAAUGAGUUUUGAACCA